GACAAUGGAUCAAUCCAAUGCCUGUUAGCAAUUUUUUACCUUUCCGUUUUUGCGUCUCUUUCUCUUUCUCUUUCUCCUGCUCUGUGUUUUGACUGGUAACGACGAUGGAGAGUUCACCGAGAACUUUGGGUCGCGGCAAACGUGAACCCCCUUCACUCAUAGAGCAGACCCAUCAGACCCAUAGUAGGAAGAGGCGAAGAGUAGUCACUGUAGAAUCUGAAAUCCAUGUUCAUGAGAAAAGAUAUGAAAUCUCAAGUUCAAACAGCAGACGUGGGGGUUCCUCGUCUCCCUGGAUCGAUGAGAGGCAGAGGAAAAAGAAUAAGAGGAGGCAGAGAAGUAAAAAGGAAUUUGUAGACGGUUAUCGCAAAUGGGUUUUCUCUCCCCAUGAUUUCUCCCGUUACAAAGACAGGGUUUGCAUUGUCUCGUAUAAUAUCCUAGGUGUUGAAAAUGCAUUGAAGCAUCCAUAUCUAUAUCCUCAAGUCCGACCCCAAUUUUUAAAUUGGGACUGGAGGAAAAAGCUCAUUCUCAAGGAGCUUAAUCAUUACGAACCUGGCAUUUUAUGUUUCCAGGAGGUCGACCGUUACAGUGAUUUAGCUGAUCUUCUACAAAAGGAUGGUUUCAAAGGUGUUUAUAAGGUUCGCACAGGAAAAGCAAAUGAUGGGUGUGCUGUAUUCUGGAAAGAAGAACUUUUUACACUUCUGCAUCAAGAGAGCAUAGAAUUCCAGAAGUUUGGCCUUCGUGACAAUGUUGCCCAGCUUUGUGUUUUAAAGAUGAUUAGAAGUCAUUCAGAUUCAAAUCAAUGUGUGAAUUCUCAAAAUUCACAGAAUACACCUUCUCGGAGUUUACUUCUUGUAAAUAUACAUGUACUGUUCAACCCAAAUCGUGGAGAUAUCAAGCUGGGCCAGGUGAGGUUGCUACUUGAGAGGGCACAUGCUAUAUCACAAGAAUGGGGGAACAUCCCUGUUGUAAUUGCUGGGGAUCUAAAUAGUAUGCCAAAGAGUCCGAUUUAUCAGUUUCUUGCUUCAUCUUCGUUGGAUAUACUACUACAUGACCGCCGAAAAAUUUCUGGCCAGAUUGAAAAUGAAAUAAGUUCAAGACCCUUAACAGCUCAACUUGAGGAUGCACACAGGCUGUUGGCGUAUAGAUGGAGUGAAGAAGAAUUACGGCUUGCUGCUGGGUGUGAUGGAGUUACUCAACUUCAGCACCAUUUAAAACUUUGCAGUGCAUAUACAGGAAUUCCUGGAAGUUAUCGCACUAGAGAUAACUGUGGAGAACCUUUAGCAACAUCAUAUCACUCCAAGUUUAUGGGAACUGUGGAUUAUAUUUGGCAUUCUCAGGGACUUGUUCCUGUAGGAGUUGUUGAAACCUUACCAGUUGAUAUUUUGAGAAAAAUAAGAGGCCUUCCGAAUGAGAAGUGGGGCAGCGAUCAUCUUGCUCUGGUAUGUGAACUGGCUUUUGUGGAUGACAGCAGAGUGACUUGAUUGGCAACUCUAUGCAAGUUACCUAACAGAAGAGGCAUGGAUUGGACACAUCUAACAAUUUAGGCAGCUUGGAGCCCCCAAUGGUCAUGCAACAUGUAGGUAUGUAUGGAACAGAAAUUUCAGUGCUCACAGCUGUCAAUUGAAUUAUCAGAGCCAAUUCACUUGGAGACUCAACUCCUCGGUCAAUAUUCAGCUACAAAGUCUCUGAACCUGUCAAAUGCUUUGCCAAUUAAACAAAGUUAACUGAAGUUUUGAACUUGUAUUCUCUACUCAAAUUUUUGUGAGACCUAUUUUGUUUCUGAUGCCUUUCUGAGGUCACAUUCAAACAUUGUACAAUGAAACUAGACCAAAUCAAUGCCUCUUGGAACUUUAUGUACAGUGGACCAGUAGGGAGGAAUGAAAGGUAUCAAAGGAUUGUAAUGUUCACCAUUGAAUAGAUGCUUAGAAACUAAUUAUCAAAUCUCCUUGUUUGUCAACUUAA